GUUGCGCGAUAAACUGUGGUUGUGUCCCUAGAGUCCAGCUUCCUCGAUCGGCAUCAACUCUGACGGCAUUCAAACCUGCCACAACGCGCAAUGACACGGGGACCGCGCAGAUCGGUAGGCUAGUGAGAGAGAGAGAGGAACCUUCUUCCAGUUCGUGCAAGUGACAAGGACAGCGGCAACAAGGCGUCGCCGGCCGGAGCCUCUCGCCCGGAAGCUAGGUUGACCGACGGCCGUAGGCAACAGCGCGCGCCGUGGCAGGCGGCCGCCGUCCGCACGCGCCAAUUAAGCCACACCGUUGACUCGCAUCGCGGUCGCAAGGGACAAGAAGUGAUCACGAUGACGAGUAGCUUCGCUCUCCCGGGGCCGCCGGCGGGGGACGCUCGCGUUCGCGGCGAGUGGCUCGCCGCGGCUUCCGCCUUCGGCGGCUACCUGGAACUGGAAGGUCGCGUGCAUGGAGGCCAGCCUUCCGGCGCGGUCUUCACGGACUCCGCGAUGCCAUUGCUACUCAGCAGCAAGGGGGCGCCGAGUUCUCUCCUCGGCGACAUAGAGGCGUAUCUGAACCCCAUCUCCGGCGAGCUACUCGCGGACCCCGCGCUACGGCUCACCAGAUACCUGGCCGCUGCGAAGUUGUCGCUGGUGCUUCAGCGGCAGCAGGCCCUUGGCACUGGCAGUGGCACGGCAUCCGGCGACACGCACGAGCAUGAAAAACGUCCGAAAAAAUUGCUCGACCAGGCCAUGUCUUCCCUCGCGAUGGAGUUCUGCCACCUCCGGAUCUGGAGGCUCGACGCCGACGUGCUGCGGGGCCAUCCGCAUCGUCGCCUGGGUAUCUCGCCCGCGUCCAUCUGGGAGUCCGUCGUCAGGGGCGGCUGCCGCGGCGGUUCCAGGUCUGCUGCUGAUUCGGUGGCCUCAUGGCCGAGCUCCUCCUCUACCUCCUUCGGCGGCACUAGUGGCACUGGCAGCUCAAGCGGGUUCCUCUCGGCUCUGUGCGAGGACAUGUCGGUCCGAAGUGACAAGGCAUUCGGACGCAUGGAUCUUAUCGACAGGAAGGUGCUGUCCACCAUCAAUGACAUUGCGGGCCUCAUGAUCCAAGGUGGAUACGAAUACGAAGAUAUGCUCCGACGGGCCAUCGAUCGACACUCUGCUCAGCUUGCCAGUUACCUCGAAAUCCUCGACAUGGACAACAUUCUGGGCGGCCACAAGGAAGAGCCCAAGGAAACUGUGCUGAACGUUUGGACAGCGGGGAUGCACAUCAUCGUCGGUGUUCUGGGUGAGAUGCGAAGGCAGUUGAACGGGCAGGAUCUUGGCUGGUUCAACAUGCUCAAGGAGGAUUAUUUCUCAGCGAUCGCAAAACAAUCUGUGAGGAGGCUGCUCAGAGCGGCCGAUUCUAUCUGCACUCAGAUCCAUGGCGUCGGCGUCGCGUCACCAGUCGUUGAUCCAGUUCACAUGAUGGAUACCGAUGAUACCUACACAGCAGUUAAGCCUGAUGACCUCCUCCUGUCCAGCAGGACGGCGGUGGGUCUGGUGAUGAUGUACAAGGCACUGAACUGUGGCAUGCCGAUAGUACUGGCACUGCUCUCUACAGGUCACGCCAAGGACUCCAUCCUCGCAGAGGGCGAAGCGCUGGUGCAGCGCUUGUCGGACAUGUUCGUCAAGCUAUGUGUGGAGCAGAAGGAGCUGGUGAGGGCGCGGCGUUUGGACAUCUCCGACACCGGCGUCCAUCCCUUCACGAGGCGCGUCAUGGCUCACGUGCGGACGCUGGUCCAGCACGGGAGCACGGUCUGCCUGAUGCUCAAGGGUCGCCCGAAGGCGGCGUUCCACGAGCUGGUCGCGCAGCUCGUCUCCUCGCUGGAGUGCGCGCUGGACAGCAACUCUAGAGGUCUGCAGAUCCCUGGCCAGCAGCAGAUGUUCCUGCUGAACAAUGCACACAUGAUGCUUCAGGAGGCCAGGGCGGAGAGAGACCUGGGCCGGGUCCUAGGCGAAGGGUGGCUGGCGCGGCGCCAUGACCAGCUGGACGUGUUCAUCGCAGGAUACGUAGACACUUCAUGGGCACCUGUCGUCUCCUGUGCGCUGAGACGACGACGGAGGACCACCCGAGCACGGGAGACCUUGUGGCCGGCGUCGUCCCACCGGCAGUCGUUUGACAAGCUCACUUGGCUCUUGGAGACCACCUGCCGGGUGCAUAGAACUUGGAAAGUUAGCGAUCCUCUGGUCCGGGACAAGGUGCGGGAGGCAGUGUUUCACAAGGUUGUCCCAGUGUACCGGAUGCAUAUGGAGAAUUGUCAAUCGGAGAAGAAGCAGCAGCAGCAGCAGAAAUGUGCGAGGCGGCACAGCGUCGCAACUGCAGGAACUGUUCGAGGGGUAGGGUAAAAUUAAGUUGUUCUUUUCUUUGUAAUAUAUAUCAAACACAAAACGAACGCACGCGUACGUACGUACGUGUGGAUGGACAUCGAUUAGCAGUUCCUGAAGGAAUUCAUGAAUACACGGUAGACUGAAAAGAUGCAAAGUGAA